CAAUCCCCUUCUUGAAAACCCCUCACAUGUGAGACUAAACUGACCCAUUCACACACUCCAUUUCCCCCCAAUUUCCCACCUUUCUGCAAAAAGAUCAUGAACCCACCACCCAUAUCACCACAGUUCACCUUAUUCCACGAUGACGACGAAGAAUAUUCCGAUUCCGAACCAAACCCUAAUCCCCAAUUCAUAAACCCUAACCCUCACAUAUCCUCCCAAUUCUACACAUUCAACUCCGAUUCACACAACUUAAUGAUCCGCUGCAUACUCGACCGCCGGAACCCCACCUCCGACGAGAUCAGGGCGGCCACGCCGUCGCCGGUACUUGCCAGCUGGAAAUCCGUUUGGAAAGACCGUAACGAAGAAACGGCGUACUUAACGGCGUGGAAACGGAUUCAGGACAAGUUAACGGUCCAUAACGAUCAAAUGGGUAACCAGUUUUUAUGUUUUAAGAAUAAUAUUAAUAACCAGUUUGUUUCACAUACUAGUCAAUGGCAAGAUAUUGUUAUGAGUUUUCAUGCUGAUUGUAAUAUGAAACAUUUGGGGGUUAAAGAAACUGUUGAAAGGGUUAAGAAAGUUUGGACUGUAGGUGCUAAGUUUUAUGGGAUUCCUGAGUCUUAUAUCCGUGCUUGUGUGUCGGCUUGUCGGGUUUGUUGUUCGGGGAAUAACGGGUUAAGCGGGUCGUGUUUGGGUCGGUCGAAAAGGCGGAGGUUUGAGUAUACGGAGUCGUUUGAUGUGCCGGCGAAAGAUGUGGCGUGUAAGUUGAAGCAGUUGGCUGCGAAACAUAAGGUGGUGUUGUGUAUUAGGCAGAAGUAUAUUCGGUAUAAGCCGUUUAUGGCGGAGGUUAAGGAUUACGCGUGUCAUCGGGCCGGGGAGCCGGUGAAGAAAUCGAGGGGGUUGAAGCGGGAACCGUAUGCGUCGAAGAGGUGUGGAUGUGGGUUUCGGAUACGGGCGAUUGUGCCGAUUUGUAAUUAUAAUGAGAGGGAUAAGAGUUUCGUUUAUUUAGAAGAGGGUGUGGCGGUGUUUAAGUUGUAUGCGGUUCAUACCGGGCAUGAGCCCGGACCGUUAGAUGGUAAUGCGAGGAUUAUGCAUAGGGUUGUCGGGCAUAAAGGCGGGUUCUUGAUGGAUCAAGAUUUUGGUUAUGGAACGGAUGAUGAAGUUGACGAUGAGAGCUUUGUGGGAAACGAUGACGGGGAUGUGCAGCGUUCGGUUUUGCAGCAAGUGAAGGAGCUGAAACAUGAAGUCGGGGUUCUUGAACGGAAAGUUUUAAAGAUACGACCGGAGCUUUUGAGCUCCGUGUCUGAUGAAUUGUUUGAUCUUUUGAAUAAGGUCAGGAAUGUAGGAGAAUACGGGUCAAAAUCAGGAGGGUUAAUUUUGGAAAACGAGUUAGUGGAUUGGAACGCUGGUCAAGCUACGGAUUUGAUGGAAGGUGAUGACGACAGUUUUGAACCGACACUUGGAGAUGUCGGGUCAUGGGAUCAAAUAAACGGUGAUUGCAGGAACGAGAAAGAUCUUUUGACCGAUACAUGUAAAAGUGAGAAAUGGCUGAAGUGUAACGGGUUUGAUGAAAAAACUAUACUUGAUUGUGAGGAAUCAAAGUUAAUAAAGUCCGCUAGGAACGAUGAAACGGAGGCAGACGCGCUUGUUGGUUUGCAGGUUGACGGUUUCUACCCUGAGAAUCCAAAAUGGUACGAUUCACCGUGUGGUUUGGACCCGAUAAUGGAUUGUGGGAGCAACGGAUUCCGGCAUGGGGAGAUUGUGUAAAGCGGCUGGCCGAUUGUAACUAAUGUUGAGUUCGUUAGGUGUAUAUUAGUGUACAAAGAAGAAUGAUUUGGUAAAGUGUAGCUUUUGGGCUUCUUUGCACAUACUUCUUUCUGACUAUAUCUCAACCACGUAACGUGUCGUGACCUGUUAGAUUUAGGACUUCAUUGAGUACAUGAAUGAAAUCAUCAUUUUAUCCCCA